UCCCCGCCCCGAGCCCCGCGGCGGAGUGGAGCUGCACGGCUCGGCUCGGCUCGGCUCGGCUCGGCUCGGCUCGGCUCGGCUCUCAGCAUGAAGACAGUGAAGCAGUGGCAAGCGCUGCUCCCGCUGGCGCUGGGGCUCGCGCUGCUCGUGGUGGUGGCCGGUGACUUCUGCAGUGAGAACUACUGUCAGAAUGGGGGUACCUGCCUGACUGGCAUCAACGAAACCCCCUUCUUCUGCAUCUGCCCUGAAGGCUUUGUUGGGAUCGAUUGCAAUGAAACAGAAAAAGGCCCUUGCCACCCCAAUCCUUGCCACAACAACGGUGAGUGCCAGUUGGUCCCGAAUCGAGGGGACGUCUUCACUGACUACAUCUGCAAGUGCCCUGUGGGGUAUGAUGGGGUGCAUUGCCAGAUCAACAAGAAUGGGUGCUCCUCGGAACCUUGCAAAAAUGGGGGCACCUGUGUGAACUUGAAUGGUGACUACGCCUGCAAGUGUCCUUCUCCCUUCUUUGGGAAGACUUGCCAUGACCAGACAGAUGAACUCCCGGCAUUGCUCCCUCGUCACCUCCUCCCUUUGCUGCCAUCUUCAGGCUGUGCCAUUCCCCUGGGCAUGGAAGGAGGGGCCAUCUCUGAUGCACAGCUCUCAGCCUCCUCCGUCUACUAUGGUUUCCUUGGCCUCCAGCGCUGGGGGCCUGAGCUUGCUCGCCUCAACAACCAUGGCAUUGUCAAUGCAUGGACCUCCAGCAACUAUGACAAGAGCCCAUGGAUCCAGGCCAACCUGCUGAGGAAGAUGAGGCUGAGUGGUGUUAUCACACAAGGUGCCCGUCGUGUGGGCAAGUCGGAGUAUGUGCGUGCCUAUAAGGUGGCCUACAGCCUGGAUGGGCGUGAGUUCACCUUCUGCAAGGAUGAGAAGCUCAACACAGACAAGGUUUUCCAGGGGAACGUGGACUACGGCACCAUGCAGACCAACAUGUUUGACUCUCCCAUCACAGCGCAGUACAUCCGCAUCUACCCUGUGGUUUGCCGUCGCGCCUGCACACUGCGCUUCGAGCUCAUCGGCUGCGAGAUGAAUGUGUAUUUCAACACGGCAGGUUGCUCGGAGCCUCUGGGUAUGAAAUCUCGCCAGAUCUCUGACCAGCAGAUCACAGCCUCCAGCGUCUUCAAGACAUGGGGCAUCGAUGCCUUUACCUGGCAUCCCCAUUACGCCCGCCUGGACAAGAUGGGCAAGACGAAUGCCUGGACAGCACUGAAUAACGACCAGUCUGAGUGGCUGCAGAUCGACCUUCGGGACAAGAAGAAGGUGACGGGCAUCGUUACGCAGGGAGCUCGUGACUUUGGCCACAUCCAGUACGUGGCAGCCUACAAAGUGGCGUACAGUGACAAUGGCACCUCCUGGACUGUGUACAAGGACAGCCAGACCAACAGCACCAAGAUCUUCCACGGCAACAGUGACAACUACUCGCACAAGAAGAACGUUUUCGAUGUGCCCUUCCAUGCCCGCUUUGUGCGCAUCCUGCCCGUGGCCUGGCACAACCGCAUCACGCUGCGUGUCGAGCUGCUGGGCUGCGACGAUUAGGGGUGGGGGGCGGCACGAGGAGGAGGGACAGCCCCGUCCCCAUCACCCGGCCCACACCCUGCCCACCCCACACACCUCCCGCUCACACCUCCCUCUCCUUCUCCCUGAAUUUUGGAGGGAGGCUCCGGGCGCUGCCUCGCCCCAGGGGGUCCCCUGCCCUGUGCUGGGGCUGCAGCACUGCACUUUAUGGGGCUGCUCUGGGUAGGAUGUGGGGACGGCUCCCGCCCUUCUGCCCUACAAGCUGUGAGUGAGACCCCCUCCUCUGCAAAUGGAUCUUGGCCGUGAGACCCUAUCCUGCACGCAGGGCUUGGCUGCAGCCUCCCCUAAGCCUGGAGAUUACUUCUCUUCUUUUUCUCUCUGCUUCCAGCAGUCAACAGCAGUGCCCUGUGUGCACCGCACCAAAGCUCGGGGCUCAGCCAUUGUGGGGGACCAAACCUAACCUCUGCCAUCCCUCAUCCUCCCUGCAUGGCCACGUGAAGGAGCUGCAAGCCUCAACCCUAUCCCUUCUGCCAGGCCCUGGGGCUGUCUGCGGGCUGUGUCAGUGCUGCAUAGUGUGAGGGGAGUGCUGAGAGGGGGAGAGGCUGCUCCUAUCAGCAGUUCUGUCUGCUGCAUUGAUCUUGUGGCUGCUGAGAGCCCUCCCCAGCCCCCAAGAGAUACAUACUGUGGGUCUGUGGGGUCGAGUGGUGAGGGACACCCACCCUGGGCACCCUGCAGCCCAAGCCAGAGGGGUCUCCAAAAUGUUUUCUUUUCCCUUUUGAUCACAGUCCCAGGGAGCCAGCACUAGUGUCAUGGAGCAGCUGGAAGAGGUGGUGGGACAGCCCCCAGAACAGACCCCUGAUCCUUUUUGUAACCUGAUUUUUCCCUUUUUGGGGUGGCGAUGCUGGAGCUGUUGGGAUGGGCAGCGGGAAAGCAUUGUGCCAGCACCAGUGAGUGGGAUGGCAGGUAGGAAAGUGUUGGUGGUACACUGUCCCCCCCAUGGACUGGUAUGGGACGUGACCACAGGGCUGGGCUGGCUUUGGGAAGGACCAAGGGGACCCAGGUGGCACUGCCUUGCUCCAGGGUGUUGUUGACAGUAUUAAAACUGAAACUUCGGGUUGUU